GGCUAAAUCGCCCGUGUGACAACGGUAGGUAGGUAUUUUGUGUAUACACUGUGAAACCUGUUCGAAGAACCUGGUAAUUGGAUUAAUUCGACUUUUGGUUUUCUUUUUGUUUUUGACGAACGGAAACCAGCCACCGUGGAGUUAAUAAUUGCAAGAAAAUUCCACAUGGCAAUGACAUUUUGCAACGUAAUCAAUUCCGAUUUCGACGAGCGAGCUCGGAUCGAGCAAGUGUCGAUAGUUUCCUUGUGAAAGUGACAAGUUUUGCUUGAGCCACGACCAAAAGUUACAAACAGUUUGCUGCAAUUACCAGUUAAGUAACAUCAAAUUGUAUCAAAUCGAAUGCCUAGAAAGUGGUUUGCAAAGUGAAUUUUUACUGCACAAUCGCUUGAUCGGAACGACAAAUCAAAUCUCUAUCCCUCUCUCUCGCAUUUCGAUUUGGAAUACGUAUAAAUUAUCGGCAUUGCCGCAUUUAGUGAUUUUCCAUUAGAGACAGAGAUAGAGAGUAAGCAUCACAGAUUAAUUAAACAUUAAUUCAAUCGAUAGGGCAUUAUCUCGAUAAUAUUCGGCUGAAUAUUUCAACAUGCAUUUUAUCAUCAAUGCGACCCGUAAGCGCCGAUGUGAAUCGAAAUGCGUUUCGACGAUAACUUCAAUCCCCAAAUCACCAUUAAAAAUUCAAUGCGAGUCGCAUUUUUGUCUACUUCAGUUGAUGAUACAUCGUUGAAAUUCUUGUAUUCAUACCGUGCUCCAAAACAUCUGUCAAAAUUUGGUUUUCAAAUUUUUCGAUGAAUUUUGUUGAAGCAUCACCAUAGUUUAAAGUAAAUAUGUUAUUUGUCGGAAUUCUAAAAAUAGUUGGCUGCCAACGUGUUCGGUUAUUAUUCAAAACUGGAAUGAACGUCAUGAAAAUUUGCGAUAGCGUCAUUAUCGAAAAUGCACUGCAUUCCGCGCAUCGUUUUUGCAUGGGUAAUGGAAAGCCAUUUAAAUUAGCGGUCAUAAAUAAAUGGUUUUCGUUGAGUUAUCGCCCAACAUACAUACAAGGUCUAUUAACCUACAAUUGAGCCACAUCAGCUAAAUCAAAUGCAUGAUAAAAUUUAAGAAGCCGUGAAGUUUAUCCGACCAAUUAUCGAUAAAACACAACAGAACAAAUAAAGAAACGAAAGACAGAAAGAAAAACAUGAUCGCUUGUUUUGUCUUCCCCUCACCGUUAAAAACAACAAGAAAUAAAUUGAUUGACGUUGCGAUUACACGCACGCACAUUGGUUAAUAUGACUGGAAACUGUGUGAAAGAGGAAGAGCCACUGUCUCGAAUUGAAUCGAGAAUAAAUGCUAUCUGGGCGAUGAAAGACGAUGUAAUACACGAGGCAGCAUGCGAUUGCGUUAGAAUGAAUAAAUAUAUAUCGAGAGUUAGGUUUCAAUCAUAAGAAAUAAUAAAAAUGAAUACAUUUCAUGCUUUUGCUCUCUAACGUGCUGCAUUUUUUUCAUUAUUUACCGCACCCAGCUGCAGAUACUGCUGAUAUGAUAAGUUUUAAUAACAAACACGGCGAUCUAUUAUGUCUUAUUUCGUUGUUUUGCUUUUGUGCGCGUUGUGGGUUUGUACGAGGCGCUGCACCGAGAAACAACCACACAUACUCUACAUCAAAGACUUUUAAAUGAUAAUUAUUUUAAUUAUUUUGUUUCACUGAGCAUUUUUUUUCCUUCUACGUUGCAUGACAUGCAUCUUCUUCGCACUCUGCACGCUGUACCUAUUACACUGGGCUAAGAUUUUUAAUAUGUCUGCCGUAGACGGCAAUCCAUAGAAAGUUUGAAAGAAAAAAAAUUCUGCGCUCUGGAUAAUUUCGCACACACACGAAUACAAAUUCAUUGUAGCUUAAUUAAUUUCGUUAAACAGAAAUUUAUGAUUUUGCGUUGCAACAAACAGCAAACAAAAUGCGCGCAGAAGAUGCGUUCUCGCCAUUAUAAAAUUUACGAUGCAGCCGAUUUCAGUUUUUAAUGGAAAUGGGAACGAAUUUUAUGCAUACACAUGUUUGUAUGAAGAAAAAAUUCAAAUCUAUUGGAUGAGCAACUACGCUGAACAUUAACGGAACUUGAGUGGAUUACUGCAUCCACCUCUUGUUCGGCCAUCGCAUCAUCGAAUAUUUGUGAUUUAUAAUAACUCCGCUGAAAAUUAGUCGCAAUUGUAAAAAUUGACUUGGCAUCGAACAAAUAUCGUAUUUACAAAAACGACAGACGUUUUGUUUUCAAUUUUCGUGCGAAUUCUAAUUCAAAAACAAAAUUAUGCGAACAAAACACAUUUUCUACCCAAUUAACAUUCAAAUAGAUGCUAUUAGUAAGAAAAUAAGUCCCACGAUUAAAAAAUGGGAGUGAAAGGCGAACAAAGCGGUUAACAAAAGUACACAAAAACAGAGAAUGACAUCACACUUCGUUUCGACUAAUAAAGUACCAGCCACACUACGAAAUGGAGAUGUAUUUGAAAAUUGAAAGAAUUCUAUUUGAUCUGUGUUUGAGCUAUUUCAAUAAAACUUAACUCGUGCCACAAAGGAGCAAUUCGCAUGAGCUCUCAAGUUGUCAUUCAACAGAAUAUCGGCUAUAAAAGAAGAACAUUUGGCACGUUGGCAUCAUACUCUUUGUUCAAGAAAAGUGGAAAUUAAGUGGUCAAACUAAGCCCAAUUCGAUAAUUUUAUCAAAAUGGAACGUUUUUUGUUGAGCACUUUUGCCGGAUUCGCUUUGAUGCAGUUGGCUUUAGCUGAGCUCGCAAUUGACUCCGAAAGCAAUCGAAAUAGCAUCAUCGACAUUGAUGGUAAAGUUGACGAUGAAGGAUUCUAUAUGGGGGGAAAAUAUGGAAUUUGGCCGGAAAAUUUAAUUGAACCGAUGUGGUUGAAGAAACCGGUAUGCUCCAAUCCAAGGAAUUUACUAGAGAAUUUGGACUAUUUGUCGGGAAUAAUCAGUUCAGUAGAGCUCUACGAUAUUAUUGAUCCAGAGUUGAUCAAAACAUUGCAAUCAAGUGUCGUCGUGAAACAAAAGGAGCUUAUUGAACCAAUGGAGCACUUAGUAGCAAUUGCAAAAGCGUAUGAAGAUGCAUUGAAUCCAGCUGCAGAUCAGGCGGUCGCAAAGCUUGCAAACAUGACCGACGCAAUUACUUUUGAUACGAAGACCGCUAAUCUGUUUGAUAGUCAGAUCGAAGACGUCAAAAAUGAUCAAGUUACAGAGGGUUGCAAGGAAGUUGAAAAGGCUGAUGAAUAUCUGAAAGGUUUCAAUACCAUAAUCGAGGAGAGCAAAAAAAAUUACGCAAUCGCUGUGUCACCUAAUUUAUUGCAAAUCACCAAUGAAAUUGAGGAGCUCAGUAAAAAAUACAAUGAAGCCGACAUCAAUUUCGAGGCAGCCAAACAAGAGAUCGAAAAGCUUGAAACGAUAAUCAAAACCGAAACGGAGGCUGUCAAAAAUAAUACCGGCGGUUUGAAAUUGGAAGAGUUUGUACAACGCAUCAAAGAAGAGGGAUGCAAAUGUGAGGAGUUCUUUGAAGGCUUCCACGGUAAAUUCGUAAAACUUUUGAAGAAAUAAUUUUUUUUUUAAUUCAAACUAAGUUGAAGUUCAAACUUGCUUCCUUUAAAGAUUUGUCUCAUUUAAUGGUAUGAAAAGACUUCUGUAAAUGAAGACAUAUGUCAAAAUUGGUGCUUAGUUUAAAAAUACAGUUUAAUAAAUUGACAUCAAAGAAAUAAUGACAUGAGUUUUAUAUUUUCUUGGGGUAGACAUGGCUCGUUUGUGUGCAAUAUGUAAAAAUUCUUACCAUUUAUACUACGUCAAACACUUCACAGUUUUUUCAAACCUUCUAUGUGUUCACCAAUAAAUGUGUAUUUUGUUGUCACA